AUGGCCGAGAAAGUAUACGGUGACCUACUAAAACUAUAUGAAACGGGGAAGAGUCUUGGCUACCAGAGAGAAGAAUUGGACGAGUGGGUUGCUAAAAUCAUAAGACAGAAUGAGGAGAGAGAUACUAGAAUGGAAGAGAGGAAAGAAAAGGCGAAAGUAGAAGAAGAAGAAAGGAAAGAAAGGGCGAAAGUAGAAGAACGGAAGAUGGCAAUGCAGGAAGAAGAGAUGAGAUUUAAAUGGAAACUGGAAGAGGACCAAGUAGCGGCCAAAAUAAAAAGAGACGACGAGGAAUCGAAGGCCAAAAUUGCCGCAAUCGAAAAAGAGAGUAAAGCAAAGGAUGUAGAGGAGCAGGAAAAUAGAGACACCAGGAAAAGAAAUACGCCCCAAACAAAGAGACAAAAAUUCGUGGAAGGCACGGAUAAGAUGGAUGCAUUUAUCAACAGAUUUGAAAUGCUGAUGAAACUUGAAAAGGAACCACAACACGAAUGGGCCAUACAACUUCUCAGUUUGGUCGGAGGAAAGGCCCUCGAUGCACUACAAGUCCUAAGCGAUGACGAGGUAGCAAACUAUGCCAUCCUCAAGAAAACAUUACUUGAUUUCUAUCAGUACAGCGAGGACGACUACCGACAGAAGUUUCAUGAGCUAAAACCACCAUCAGACGGCAACAUGAAGCAAUUUGUUUCUGAUGUGAAAAUAACGUUCGAAAAAUGGGUUCAAGCGUCUAGAAUUGAAGAAUCCUUCGAGAGUCUAAAGCAGUUUAUCAUCGUGGACAAAAUCGUAUCAACUGCUGGGAAGCAUUUGUUUGCUUUCCUACAGGAAAGAAAACCGAGAAGUGUGGAGACCGUUAUGGAACUGUGUCAAACUUAUGUAGCGGCACAUCCGGGCGAAAUACUACAAAAGGUUGAAAACAGUGAAGAAAUCGAAUUUGCCGCCACAACAGUCCCUACAGCAGCACGAUUUACAAUGAGAAAAACGGCACAGCAACGUAGUCCACCACAAGACAGAAAUAUACAGAGAUAUACAGAGAGAGAACAAAAUGAUUAUAGACCAAAUCAGUCAUCGGCCCAGAGAAAUGAAGUGAGAUGCUUUAACUGUAGGAAAAUAGGACACAUAGCGAAGUAUUGUAGAGAGGCAAGGCGAAGAGAAUACUGGAAGAAUGAUGUUGUAGCUCACGUAGGAGGCUUAGCAGAGAGUCUUUCACCGUACGUUACCCCUGCAAUAGUUAACGGGAAUCACAUCCUGUCCCUACGCGACACAGGGGCCACGAAAUGUGUACUUCUAGCAAAACUUGUGAGUCCCCAUCAGUACACCAAGAGACAAUGCAAAGUACAAGGUUUUGGAGGGCAGGUCAAAAGUUACCCGACCGCUAUAGUACACAUUAACUCCCCUUAUUUCAAUAAAACAGUUGAAGCUAUAGUUGUUGAUAAUGGACCGUUCGAUUUGUUGAUAGGCAAUGUUCCAAACAUAGAAUUUCCAAAAGAGGCUCAAAUCAACAGUUGGAAAGAAUUGUAUAACUGGAAGUUACCUCAACAAGAGGAUUGUAUGCAGAUGCAACAACAAAUGGCACAAAACCCCAACCAAAAAGAAGUACAGAUCCCUAGCCAGACAAGUCCUAUAGAAACCAUACAGCAAGUUGAAACCAGACAACAAAAAUUGAAACGAGAACAUGAAAGUUCUGGCGAUGACCUCCUGAACAGAACUAAAAGAGACGAUAGUGACGAAACGCCUGGGGGUGUCAAUAUGACAGAGAAAUGCAAUCCAGAAAAAUUUCAAGAAGCUCAAAAGAAAGACCCCACUUUGACUAAAAUUUUUAAUUUGGCAAAGAAAGGAACAGUAGCAAGCACAAAGAGAAGUAAGAAAGAAUUCAUAAUAAAACAAGGCACCUUAAUUAGAAAAUAUACCGAUCAAAGGGGUGAAUUCAAACAAUUAGUAACACCCAAGGAAUACAGAUUAAUGAUACUACAGCAAGGUCACGAUCUAUCAGUAGCUGGACAUAUGGGUCGUGCAAAAACAAAACAAAGAAUCCAACACUCCUUCUAUUGGCCUGGUAUGGACAAAGAUAUUGCUAAAUAUGUGUCAUCCUGCAAAAUAUGCAUGGACACGAGAAAAAACAAACCGAGACCAGCUCCUAUACAGAGAACAGAUCUAGCAUGUAGACCUUUCCAGAAAAUUGCAGUUGAUAUUAUAGGACCGACAGCCACAAUGUCAAAAAGGGGUCACAGGUAUAUCCUAACAAUUGUAGAUUUCGCUACACGAUGGGCAGAAGCAUAUCCUUUGAAAAAGGCUACAGCAGAAGAAACAGCUGGAGCUUUGCUGAACUUGUUCACUAGAAUUGGGUUCCCGGAUACCAUCCUAAGCGAUAGAGGGGUACAGUUCACAGCAAACCUUACCCGUCACAUUACGAACACCCUAGGAAUAAAGCAGUGUUUCACGACCCCCUACUGCCCCCAGAGCAAUGGGGUCUGCGAACGACUAAACGGGACUGUAAAAACCAUGUUAGAAAAGGCUUCAGUAGGUAGAGAAGAGGACUGGGACUUAUUUUUACCUUGUGUACUCUUUGCAUACAGGGAAGUUCCUCAAAAUAGUACUGGGUUCUCACCAUUUGAGCUAAUUUAUGGAGCGAACCCAAGGGGGCCGCUCCAAAUAUUGAAAUCUCUACUCUACAAGAAGGAUCUAGAUGAAGAUAGAAGAAAUUCGUUAGAGGCCAUAGUUAACCUCAGAGACCGAAUAAUUCGAGCUUGUCAUAUCGCAAAAGAAUCACUCAACGACAAAGGAAUAGAAACAAGAGAAAGAGUGAAUAGGAAUAGGAGAUUAAGAACAUUUAAAGUUGGUGAAGAAGUUCGCGUGUUGCUACCAGAUAAGAACAAAAUGGAACUAUCGUGGAGAGGGCCAUUUAAAAUCACAAGAAAAAUGAACAAUGUAGAUUACGAGAUUGAAGUCAAUGGAAAAAGGAAGAUCUUUCACAUUAAUAUUCUAUCCCCAUAUCAUUUGAGACCCAGUGAACUGAUCAAUGAAACCCAUCAAGCAGAAACCAUAAAUGUUGCUAUGAUUUCUGAAGAAGAUAAUGAUAAUGAGAAUACGCUACCUACAUUUACAACAAAUGCAGAAAACUGGACAUGUGUAAAAAUCGGCAACGUAGCGGAGGAGAAGAAAAACCAAAUCAAGGCAAUCCUACAAAAGUAUGAGAAAGUAUUAACCCAUGUGCCGGGAAAGACAACAACCAUAGCCCACGACAUCACCAUUACGGGAGACAAACCAAGAAAGGUAAUUCGCUACAACUUGCCACUAAAUUACAGAGAAGCGAUUAGAAAGGAAAUAGAUGAGCUUACAAGUCUGGGAAUUAUCGAAAGAUCGAAAUCCCCAUUUGCAGCUCCAGUAGUAAUGGUCAAGAAAAAAAACGGAGAAACCAGAAUGUGCGUAGACUAUCGUCAAUUAAACAGCAUUACAGUUUUAGACGCAGAACCCAUGCCCAACCCAGAGGACUUGUUUGCUACUUUAGCCAAUGCCAAAAUAUUUAGUAAGCUAGACCUUGCAAAAGGUUACUAUCAGAUUCCAGUAGCCGAAAGUGCACGCCACCUAACGGCAUUUUCUACUCCAUUUGGACUAUACCAAUGGAAGUAUAUGCCAUUCGGCCUGGUGAAUGCUCCUGCAACAUUCAACAGACUUAUGAGAAUAGUUCUGGCAGGCCAUAAAAAUGUAAUCGCAUAUAUGGAUGAUAUAUGUGUGUAUAGUGAGAACUGGCAAGAACAUGUGGAAGCUUUAGAGUCAAUCUUGAACACCCUUCAACGACAUGGUCUAACCGCUCGACCAAGUAAACUAGAACUUGCUACAGAUACUAUUGAAUUUCUAGGCCAUGACAUAAGAUAUGGACAGUUAAAACCAAAGGGAAACACCAUACAACGAAUCCUAGAAAUUGAGACUCCAAAGAACGUAAAGGACGUUAAGAGAUUAAUUGGUUUGGUUAACUUUUACAGGAAAUACAUUCCUAACUGUGCAGAAAUGAUCACACCCUUAACAGAUUUGACAAAAACUAACAACGGUAAAACGGAACGUAGGCAGAAUAACACACAGAGGAAAAUUGAGUGGGACCAACAUUGCGAGCAAGCUGUGCAAGCAAUAAAACAAGUAUUCCAAUCGGAACCUAUCCUACAACUACCCGACCUGUCAAAGACAUUUACCCUAGCAACCGAUGCGUCGUCUACGGGGAUUGGAGCGUGCUUACUGCAGGAACAUGAGGGCAAUCUCCAUCCCGUAUGUUACAUCAGCCGUAAGCUGACGGACACAGAGCAACGGUAUGCAGUUGUAGAAAGAGAAUGCCUAGCCAUCGUCUGGGCCACCGCUAAACUUGCUAGAUAUCUAUUAGGCAAGCCGUUCAUUCUCCAAACUGACCAUGCGCCUCUCAAAGCGCUGAACGGUCGCAAAUUAAACAAUGGAAGAAUGGCCCGUUGGGCAUUGAAACUGUCUGACUUUCAAUAUGACGUAAAACACGUGGCAGGGGUAGACAACGUCAUCGCAGACACCCUGUCAAGGCUGGAAAAUAGUGAGACCUUAUAG